AAAAUGUGGAAAAAGGGAAGAAUACUUUCCGAAUGCACUGUAUACACCUCACACACAUAAUUAUGGGCUUAAAAACAUAAGAUACCUGAACCAUGUGAGAUAUAGAGUUGAAAUCUACUCCAUUUUGAGUUUACAUCCCAAUAUUACACUUUAUAUACAUCACAGAAGACUGAAAUAUAACAAAACCAUUUGACAUAGAAACACCAGUUUUCUACGUUUAAAAAAAGGUUUUAUUCAUUUUGAAAUUAUGAAAAUUAUGAAUAACAUUCCACACCUGAGGCCACUAUAGGGCGGUUUGGUCAUUUGACCGCAGGAAAGUUAAUAUUGUUUUUUUGUUGGUUGCUCAUGGGUAGUAUGACAUUGUAACGUUUACUUUGGACUUCAUACUGGUUUUGGCUGGGGAGAAAUGGUAGCGUAGCUAAAUGCGGUGUUUGUAGAUGUUUGUAUAGGGAGGUGAACAGACAGAAAGCUACAGGAGGCUAGAGAGUGGCAUCCAGUUGUUAAAUAAGGAGUGUUCGGGAGAGUACUAGGGCAGUGGGUGGCCAGUGUUGGGGAAGUGUUGUAUCUUAUUGUCUAAGAAAUACUAAAGAAAACAAUUGUUCUUUACAACAUAAGUUCUUCUUUGUUCAAGUUAACCGUCGCCGCACAAGUAUAGUGCAUUGAGCUGGAAUCUCCCGGUCUUAAACUCCUGUGCGGGGGCUGCACGUCCCUCAAGUGGUCACGUGGCUCCACGUUUUACCAUCAUGCAUUUUCACUCUAUCAUUUGGACUGAGUGCACUGAGCACCUUGGACCCGUUUUCAUAGUUCCUUUCUGUUCACUCUUAUCUCGCCGUGUGUUAAAAAUGACCUUGUCAUCCUUCUCUGUUUCUAGGAGUACUGUCAACCUCGUUUGAGUUUCCUGUUGAACAGCAGCUCUGCAGCAGACAGACCAUGUUUUAGUGGAGUAGCCCUGUAGUUUAACAAAGCUAGUUACGGAUCUGUCUUUGAGUCUAGAGCUUUCUUAACCAGUAGUUUCACUGUUCUGACACUGUUCUCCACUAACCCAUUAGACCGUGGGUACAGUGGGCUGGAUGUGACAUGCUCGAACCCGUACAGUUUAGAAGAAUCACUGAAAGCUGAACUGUGAGGCAUUGUCCAUACAGACAAUCUCUUCGACCCCAUGGCGAACAAAGAAUGACUUAAUGGGAGUCAUCACCUUUAUUCUAUCUUUAUUUAACUAGGCAAGUCAGUUAAGAACAAAUUCUUAUUUUCAAUGACGGCCUAGGAACAGUGGGUUAACUGCCUUGUUCAGGGGCAGAACGACAGAUUUUUACCUUGUCAACUCGGGGAUUCAAUCUUGCAACCUUUCGGUUACUAGUCCAACGCUCUAACCACUAGGCUACCUGCCACCUGACUAGCAGUAGUGUCCUUCAGCAAAGCUCUCUGGGUAAUGAGAGUAAUAUUCCAUCAGUAGAACAUUGUUCUCCCUCCAGAGAACAGAGAUCUAUUCCUACUUUGCCCCAUGGUCUCAAUACCUCUUUUUCCUCAACCCACAUUGUCUCUUUGCUCUGUUUUGCUCUGUAUUUCUGGCAUGUUUCACAGGCUCUGAUUGUCUGCUCUAUAUCAGUAUUCAUCUUGGGCCAAAAUAACACUGCUUUUGCACAUUGUUUUGACUUUUCCAUCCCUAGAUGGCCCAUGUGUAUUUUGAUCAGCAUGUUUUUCUGUAACCCACUUGGUAUCACAAUUCUUGAAAUCUUAAACAGAAUUCCGUCGAGUACAGAUAGCUCAUCCCUGUAUUGACCAUAAGGGUAUAUCAUAGCUUGUACAGACCACCCGUAUGUUAUGGCUUGAAUCACCGUUUGCAAACACUCAUCUUCUGCAGCAGCAUGUGAAAUAACUGUCCACAUUUCAUCUGAGACUGGGCAGCUCUUUCUGAUAAGGUUUACAUGUAUGGUGUCGUCCUGCUCGUAUAUCUGGUUUGGUUCUGAGCUGUCUAAAGCUCUGGACAAUGUGUCUGCCACUAACAAUUCUUUCCCUGGCCUGUACUUGAGUUGCAAGUCAUAUUUCGGAAGUUUUAGAAACAGUCUCUGUACCCUUGGUGGUGUGUACGCCAGACCCUUCUUUGCAAUAGUAACCAAAAGGUUUAUGAUCUGUUUUGGCCCACACUGUUUUACCAUAGAUAAACACAUGGAAAAUCUUAUAUGCAUAUGACAGUUACAAUGCCUCUUUCUCAAUCUGAGCAUAGUUUGUUACACUCAGAAGUUGCCAGAGCCCUGGAGGCAUGUGACUGGGCGCCAUCUAGUGGCAUACUGCUGUAACACUGCACCUAAACCUGCUUUAGAGGCAUCUGCUGAGAUUUUGGUUUUGAGCUUUUCAUCCUAGAAACUCAGUACUGGAGCAUGCAUGAUUAAUGCCUUGAGGUUCUCAAACUCUUUCUGGUGAUUACUGUUCCAACAUAUCCCACUCUCCAACUCCUCUGCGCGGGCUGCGAGUUCCCGAAGUGGUCAUGUGGCUUCCGAUACAAUAUGCCACAGGAAGCUACUCUGAAAUAUAUAGUUUACCAAGCUACCAAGUUCUUCACCCUGGAAGAAGCACUUAACUAAACUUACUUUGAAAAAGUAGUUCACUACAUCCAAACUACUUUGUGAAAAAUUAUCUGAAAUGUCAUUGACUAUCAUGACACAAGGCGAGACCCAGAUGCAGACACAGGAGGCAGAUGAUUGGACUCUUAGAUGUUUAUUGAUCCAAAAAGGAGUAGGAAAGAGAAUGGUCGUGGACAGGCAAAAGGUCAAAACCAGUUCAGAAUCCAGGAGGUACAGACGGGCUCAAGGUCAAGGCAGGCAGAAUGGUCAGGCAGGCGGGCAGGUACAGAAACAGGCAAGGGUCAAAACCGGGAGGACUAGCAAAAAGAGAAUCGAAAAGGCACGCCCAGGGGGGAAACCCACACUGGUUGACUUGGACAUACAAGACAAACUGGCACAGAGAGACAGGAAACACAGGGAUAAAUACACUGGGGAAAACAAGCGACACCUGGAGGGGGUGGAGACAAUCACAAGGGCAGGUGAAACAGAUCAGGGUGUGACAAUUGACUACAAAUUGCAAGAACCGAUAACUUUGGGAUCGUAUGUUUGUGAAAUUUAGCCUAUUAAACACAAAAACAAUAUUUCAAGUGAGAAUUACGCAGGUCUGUUGCUGAAAAAGAAAGGAAAUUUUGCCUACUUCACCCAUAUUUUAUUUUAUUUUUGCAAAAAAUGUGGUGUGUAGUUCCAGUAGUUAGCUACAAUGCUACAUGGCAAAAAAUGUAAUUAACUACUGAAAACACUUCCUUGAUUUGAACUUAGUUCAACUACCACCAAGCUACUGAAAAAUGUAGUUAAAUGACUAGUUGAACUACAUGUAACUUAGUUCACUACUCCCCAAUACUGUGGGUGGCUAACUUUGUGUCUUUCUCUUUCUAGUCUCUCACCGUCUCCGUCCUUGUGCUGUGUGUGUAGACAGCCUGAGAAAGAAAGACCCUGAGAAAGAGACUGAAAAAGGGACUUUUACUUUCAUAAAAUUCAAACAAAUCAGACCAGCAAAAUGAGCAUGAGGAAUUUGGUAAACACUUUAAGGUUUAUGUGGAAGGUGGGUGUGCGUAGUUUUGUGAGUUGUUUUUAGUGUAUGACUCAAGGUAUGAUUUGUUUUAUGUGUCUCACUGCUGUAAUCUUUAGUGUAUUCGAUUAGAACCAAGAUCAGACCAAUUUAAUCCUGAUCAUAUUGGGUUGUUCCCUGGGUUCAUCUCUAUAUUAUACGACCCUCCACGUAGGCUAGUAGGCCUAAAGUGACAUGUCAGUCAAGGUGUUACUGAAGUUGAUUAGUUAUAAUCAUAAAGGACUUUGGGCUGCUAUAUGUUCAUCAACCCUCUCUCAUUUCAUUGUAAUCCAGCACAUUCUAUAACAUUUGAUUGAAUUACACAUCCUUUCAGAGCCAGUUUACCCUUACUUCCCCUUAUCACUGCGACGAUAGUGCUGUGGUGAAGUGUGCUGGUGUGUGUUUGCACGUGAGUUUGUGCACUAUGCACUAUGUGUCUUAUAUCCCUCUAGUUGUUUUGAGAGAAAGAGAGAAGGGGGGGUGGAGGGAAGAAGAGAGGGAAGGAAGAAGUUAUCUUCUCCUUAUUGGUGAGUCUCUCCGCUGCGCUGAGUCACUUAGCUCGGAGCUGCAGUGCAUGCCUGCCUGCCUGCAUGGGAAGAUUGCGUGUUACUGCCAGACUUUCCCUACUACUCCUACGGGAGGCUUGAGCUGCCUUAUCCGCCCUGUAAGGAUUUCCUACUACUCUCUAGAAGAGGCUUUGGCUCUAAGCAGCAGCCCCCACAGAGCAAGGGUCAGUCGGACAGGUCUGUGUGGGAAGAGUCCCAGUGAGAAGAGCAGGGGGGGUGUCAAUGGAAGAAGUUCAGACAGCAGGCCCCCACUGCAGCCCAAACCACAAGUGCCUCCGAAGCCAGCCCACCUCCAGAGCCCAGUGACGAAAUCCGCCGCCCACCCGCUGGCGCUGGGGCGUGUGGAGAGAGCACUCCUCAGAGCCACCAUGGAGGAGAGAAGAGGAGGGGCGAUGAUGGCGAAGAGCCGGGAGAAACCCUCCAAAGUCUUGAACCUCAUCAACCACUUCGAGGAGAACAGCCAGUCAGAAACCAAGGAGGGCUCACCACUCAAGCAGCUCAGCAAGUCGCCCCUCUGCAGUGCGGCUCACCGGGUCUACCAGAGACAGUCAGAGUCCGAGCAGCAGGACAACAACUCGGUGGAUUCAGGCUCUGUCCCGAGAACGCAGCGGGAUGCCCACAAACAGGCAACUAACGGGAUGCUAACCCAAAUGGACAGGGACAGGGAGAGUGGGUCCCCCCUGAGGAAAGACACUGCCCUGGAGAAUGGGGACAUGGGGGACGGGAGCAUGGGCAUCACUCCCCUCCUCCACACACAAAGACCCAUACUGGGGAGGACAGUGGACCUACAGGAGGAGACCCCCAACAUGAACAAAGGAAGCCAGGAGGAGGGCAUUGUGGAGCAGAAGGUACCGGAGACCAAUGAACAAAAGCUGUACAAGAUCGCUACUGAGCUCCUGAAGACAGAGAGGGCCUACGUCACACGGCUCAACUUGCUGGACCAGGUGUUCUGUGCCAAGCUGACGGAGGAAGCUCUAAAGGGCACAUUCCCAGUGGAUGUGGUGAAGAACAUCUUCUCCAACAUCUCCUCCAUCAACACCUUCCACAACCAGUUCCUCCUGCCUGACCUGGAGAAACGCAUGGGUGAAUGGGAGUCUACCCCUCGCUUGGGGGACAUCCUGCAGAAUCUCACGCCCUUCCUGAAGAUGUACGCCGAGUAUGUGAAGAACUUUGACAACGCAAUGGAGCUGCUGAAACAGUGGAUGGACCGCUCGCCACAGUUCAAAGCCAUCAUCCAGGACAUACAGAGCCAGGAGGUGUGUGGCAGUCUGACGCUCCAGCACCACAUGUUGGAGCCAGUACAGAGAGUUCCCCGCUACGAGAUGCUGCUCAAAGACUACCUAAAGAAACUGCCUCAGGACGACCCCGACCGCCGAGAUGCAGAGAAGUCAUUGGACAUCAUUGCCAUGGCAGCCACACACUCCAACAGUGCCAUUCGAAAAUCUGAGAAUCUGAAGAAGCUGCUGGAGAUCUAUGAGAUGCUGGGGGAGGAGGAGGACAUCGUCAACGCCUCCAAUGAGUUCAUCAAGGAGGGACACAUCCUGAAGCUGGCUGCCAGGAACACCUCGGCUAUGGAGAGAUACCUCUUCCUGUUCAACAACAUGCUGUUGUACUGCGUGCCCAAAUUCAGCCUGGGAGGGCCCAAGUACACGGUGCGCACCCGCAUCGGCAUCGAGGGCAUGAAGGUGCUGGAGACCAUCAACGAAGACUACCCUCACACCUUCCAGGUGUCUGGCAAGGAGAGGACUCUGGAGCUGCAAGCCAGCUCCGAACAAGACAAGGACAAUUGGAUAAAGGCUUUCCAGGAAACCAUUGAGAUCUUCCAUCAGAAGAACGAGACGUUCAAGUCCGCCUCCAAAGACGUGGAGGACGUGUCAACUGCAGAGCUGGGGAAGCGCGCUCCUCGCUGGAUUCGGGACAAGGAGGUGACAAUGUGUAUGAAGUGUAAAGAGCCCUUCAAUGCGUUGACGCGACGGCGACACCACUGUCGAGCCUGCGGAUAUGUUGUGUGUUGGAAGUGCUCAGACAAUAAAGUGGCCCUGGAGUACGAUAGCAACAAGAUCAACAAGGUGUGUAAGGACUGCUACUCCAUCCUGACUGGAGAGGAGAAGGCCGAAGGCAAGAAGAAGGGCAUUCUGGAGAUCGAGGCGGCUCAGUUCUCCGGAAGCAGUAUCAUUUGUGGCUUCCUGCAGCACUGUGAGAAGAACAAGCCCUGGGGGAAGGUGUGGUGCGUCAUCCCAGAGAAGGAGGCGUUGGUUCUCUACCUCUACGGAGCCCCACAGGAUGUGAAGGCCCAGUCCUCCAUCCCUCUGCUGGGCUACUCUGUGGAGGACAGCCCCCGGCCUGCCGACCCUCCAGCCAGCUUCCGUCUGUCCCAGUCCAAGUCUGUCCACAGCUUCGUGGCCGAGAGCGAAGAGCUGAAACAGCGCUGGCUCAAGGUGAUCCGGGUGGCUGUGACUGGGGAGGUGCCAGAGUCCCAGAUGCCCAACGAUGCCACUGCCAACGCCACGGACGCCCAAGAGACAAGCUCAGACAGCACUUAACUGUGUGGUGUGGCAUUUAACAGCUGAGGGCCACCAGAGACGUAUGUGCAUGUAUGCACGAACACACACACACUCCCAUGCUACCUUCAUGGACACACACAAGACCAAUGUGCAAACUCAGUGCUGGAUAAGCUGCCUCUCCUCUCCAGAGUGGAUUCUACAAAUCUUAAGCGAGGGCUUGGCUCCACCACCAGAGCUGUGCUGGAAUGGGAAGAACACAAUCCAGUCCAAUCAUCACUAGAGCGGAGCAGGGGGGAAUGGACCUCAGAACGGUCUCUACUUCCCCCCCUGUUCAGGGCAGCCUGCCUGGGGUAUCUUGCACCCUGAGUACCCCAAGGUCCUUAGCCCAAAAUAGUAAAUAAGAUAGUUUACUCAAGCCGUUUAAAGGUUCCUGUCUGCCAUGCUCACGUCAGAGGGAACAGCUGGCUCUUGUCUACUUAUUGUCCCCUCCCGCUCGCCCAACCAUGACCAGAAUAAAUGAGUCAGUGAGAUGUCUCGCCCUGUGUCACCACCUCCAAGAAGCGGGGGCAAUAAGUAGACCAGAGCGGCCCAGCCCCGAUCAGAUAAACUGAGGUAGUGGGGUGUCUCGGUUUCUCUACCGUCCCUGCUCAGCCCUCACUGGGGAUGCCUGCAGGCUCAACAGACCUCCUCCAGCUUCAUAGACGUGGGUCUGCCGAUGUGAAUCAAGAGGGACUGGUUAGAACUACACUGUCUACAAUGAAUUAGCCCUAUGCACCUGUAUAUAGUGUUACUCCAUUUUCCAUGACAGAAAAAAUGUCAUUUUUAUGUACAAAGAAUCAAUAUGCUUUGAUAUCAGAGAUGUUGACCCUGUAAAAUGUGUACAUCAAAGUUUGAGCAGUGUUUUUGAUUGAAAAGCCUAACAUACUUCUGACAUAUGAACAGUGGUUUAAACUAAAGGGUCCUGUCCUAGGAUAGUAUCACUGGGAAAGUUCAAUUCUCACUUCUCCAAUCAGGUAGUUUCACAUCACAGUAGCCAGGAGCCAUGUUCUACUGGCAAGAAUAGAAUCCAUCUAACAAAGAGUUCCUCUAGUACCUGGGUCAAGGUCCCAGAAAGACCUAUUAGUCAGAAUAGCAAUCGAGAGGAUCACUCUACACUAUUCAAUUGCUGUAACCCCAUAAACUAAUGGAAAGGAUGCAGAAGUACUCACCCAUCCAGAACAAACAGGCUUCAAUCCAAACAUGCUGAGGGAUAGCCUUUCCAGCCAGGCAAUGCAUUAUGGGUACGCUGCUGCACUUGUCCCAAGCUGGAUCAACCUUCCUCACCUUGGAAUCCAGGAGAAUCCACAACCUUCUCCAAGUCAGUUAGCUCUAAAUCAACCACAUCCUGGUCAGAGUAAUGUAUAGAAAAGUGUUAAAUUUUACUACUGCUGUGAUUGACAAUGUCAGUCAUUAAAGCCUUUCUACUCUAAUCCUGUAGGCCUAUAGUAUGAAGACAGACACACACUGCCAUAGGGCAGCAUUGAGGAUGAUGAGAGUGAAUGGUUGUACAGCUUUAAUGACCUAGCCCCACAACCCCAUUGUAGACAUGUAGGAUAUACAUAGUGGGGUUCUUUGUAGCCGACCAACAGGGAUGACAUCACCCCACAAAGCAGCACAAUCAGAGGUAAACACAAUGUGGGGAAAGAAAUUUACUUUUUUUUUUUAUAUAUAUAUAUAUGUAUUUAAAAUAAUUCAUAGAAUAUGCGCAUGAUGAUUUAAGGAAAGUAGCACAAAAAAGUUAGCCCUCAGAUUGCCAUGUGUUCUGUCCCAUUCAGCCAAGCCAUGUCAACUAACAGAUUCACUAAGGUAUUGUCCCUCAUUCAAGUUGAGUGUGACUCUAAUCUAUCCUAUGACUGCAGAACUAAGUGUUGAAUGGAAUAGGCUAAUGUGCCUAUAACCUGUGUUCAUACAUGUUCUACUGUUCCUAUCCCCUGUACAAUGCACCUCUCCAAUAUCCAUUCUCUCGAUACUCACACAGAAUGCAGAAGAGCACAACAAUCCUGUCUUAAGAUCUGAAUGUAAAACCAGAUUGUUUGUUCACUCUCCCGAUCCCCCUCCCCAAGGUUUGAGAAGCUACGCACUUUACCAUCUUAUAUAAAGUGUACCUGGUAAGAAAAUAAAGCAAGAUUAAGUAUUA